CUGACGACUUGCUUCGCCACAGGGCACGGCACCUCCGUUGUCUACCUAGAUCGCGCUGCAGUCACGAAGUAUGUCUCCGUCGAGCCCAGCGCCGCUAUGCACGGCCGCAUCCGACGGACAACCAAGAAUUCCGGCUUCGCAUACCAGGACGGCUCCUUGAUCAUAAUGGGCUGCAGAAUCGAGGACAUCGCCGCGAUACGUGGGGCGCUCCGAGGGAAUGGCCCCUGCCCAAAUAUGCUCAUCUCUGUCCUCGCGCUGUGCUCCGUCCCUAGCUCCCGGGUGACCAUCCGCGCGCUGUUGCGCGACCCGCUUGAGCCUGUAGGCACGCUGCUUUCGCACGAGCAUGUGCUGAGUCACCGGCUGGAUGUCGCUUGGUGGCAUUUCGGUCAUCUCGCGGCGCGAAAGGAGGUACGCCAGUCGUUCUUCACUCAAUCUCCAGUACACUGA